UGCAAGUUUGGUGACGCCGAGAUCAAACAAGAGAUGUUGUUCCUGAUAAGGAUGAAGCUGUUGAUCGUUGUUGCUGCGGCUCUGGCCGUGGCUAGCUGUGCCAGCAUUUCUCUGGAAGACCUGGAGUUCCACGCCUGGAAACUCAAGUUUGCAAGGUCCUAUAACUCUAUGGCAGAAGACCUUCAACGCAAGGAAAUCUGGCUCGCCAACCGCAGACAUGUUCUGGUGCACAACAUCAUGGCAGACCAGGGUAUCAAGUCCUACCGCCUCGGCAUGACCUACUUUGCUGACAUGGAAAACGAAGAGUACAAACGCCUGAUUUCCCAGGGCUGCCUGCUGUCCUUCAACACGUCUCUGCCUCACCACGGCUCUGCUUACCUUCGGCUGCUUGAAGGAGGCGAUCUGCCCAACUCUGUUGACUGGAGGAACAAGGGAUUCGUCACUGCUGUCAAGGAUCAGAAACAGUGCGGCUCCUGCUGGGCCUUCAGUACAACCGGCUCACUGGAGGGUCAGAACUUCAGGAAGACAGGGAAGCUGGUGUCUCUGAGCGAGCAGCAGCUGGUCGACUGCUCCGGCGAAUAUGGCAACAUGGGUUGCAAUGGAGGCCUGAUGGACAACGCCUUCGAGUACAUCAUAGCCAAUGGAGGGAUCGACACAGAGGACUCAUACCCUUAUGAGGCCUUGCUGUACGAAUCAGGAGUGUAUGAUGAGCCAGCGUGCAGCAGCACAGAGUUGGACCACGGUGUUCUGGCUGUGGGUUAUGGGACUGACAACGGACGUGACUACUGGCUGGUCAAGAACAGGAUGAAGCUGUUGAUCGUUGUUGCCGCGGCUCUGGCCGUGGCUAGCUGUGCCAGCAUUUCUCUGGAAGACCUGGAGUUCCACGCCUGGAAACUCAAGUUUGCAAGGUCCUAUAACUCUAUGGCAGAAGAGCUUCAACGCAAGGAAAUCUGGCUCGCCAACCGCAAACAUGUUCUGGUGCACAACAUCAUGGCAGACCAGGGUAUCAAGUCCUACCGCCUCGGCAUGACCUACUUUGCUGACAUGGAAAACGAAGAGUACAAACGCCUGAUUUCCCAGGGCUGCCUGCUGUCCUUCAACACGUCUCUGCCUCACCACGGCUCUGCUUACCUUCGGCUGCCUGAAGGAGGCAAUCUGCCCAAAACUGUUGACUGGAGGAAAAAGGGAUUCGUCACUGCUGUCAAGGAUCAGAAACAGUGCGGCUCCUGCUGGGCCUUCAGUACAACCGGCUCACUGGAGGGUCAGACCUUCAGGAAGACGGGGAAGCUGGUGUCUCUGAGCGAGCAGCAGCUGGUCGACUGCUCCGGCGACUAUGGCAACAUGGGUUGCAAUGGAGGCCAGAUAGACGCCGCCUUCAUGUACAUCAAAGCCAAUGGAGGGAUCGACACAGAGGACUCAUACCCUUAUGAGGCUAAGGAUGGCCAGUGCCGUUACAAUCCUGCCAACGUCGGUGCCACAUGCACAGGCUACGUUAAUGUGCAACAAGGCGACGAGGACGACCUGAAGGAGGCUGUGGCCACCAUCGGACCUGUGUCUGUGGCCAUUGAUGCUUCUCAUAUGUCCUUCCAGCUGUACGAAUCAGGAGUGUAUGAUGAGCCAGCGUGCAGCAGCACACUGUUGGACCACGGUGUUCUGGCUGUGGGUUAUGGGACUGACAACGGACGUGACUACUGGCUGGUCAAGAACAGCUGGGGCCUCGUAUGGGGAGACAUGGGCUACAUCAUGAUGACCAGGAACAAACGCAACCAGUGUGGCAUUGCUACUGCAUCCAGCUACCCUCUGGUCUGUGAAAGUCUCAACCUGUGUGGCGUUCUGAAGUCUGAAGGGAGUUUUUUUUCACAGUGUUCUGCUUUUGUGUCACUCAGGAUGAAGCUGUUGAUCGUUGUUGCCGCGGCUCUGGCCGUGGCUAGCUGUGCCAGCAUUUCUCUGGAAGACCUGGAGUUCCACGCCUGGAAACUCAAGUUUGCAAGGUCCUAUAACUCUAUGGCAGAAGAGCUUCAACGCAAGGAAAUCUGGCUCGCCAACCGCAAACAUGUUCUGGUGCACAACAUCAUGGCAGACCAGGGUAUCAAGUCCUACCACCUCGGCAUGACCUACUUUGCUGACAUGGAAAACGAAGAGUACAAACGCCUGAUUUCCCAGGGCUGCCUGCUGUCCUUCAACACGUCUCUGCCUCACCACGGCUCUGCUUACCUUCGGCUGCCUGAAGGAGGCAAUCUGCCCAAAACUGUUGACUGGAGGAACAAGGGAUUCGUCACUGCUGUCAAGGAUCAGAAACAGUGCGGCUCCUGCUGGGCCUUCAGUACAACCGGCUCACUGGAGGGUCAGAACUUCAGGAAGACGGGGAAGCUGGUGUCUCUGAGCGAGCAGCAGCUGGUCGACUGCUCCGGCGAAUAUGGCAACUUGGGUUGCGAUGGAGGCCUGAUGGACGACGCCUUCGAGUACAUCAUAGCCAAUGGAGGGAUCGACACAGAGGACUCAUACCCUUAUGAGGCUGAGGAUGGCCAGUGCCGUUACAAUCCUGCCAACGUCGGUGCCACAUGCACAGGCUACGUUGAUGUGCAACAAGGCGACGAGGCCGACCUGAAGGAGGCUGUGGCCACCAUCGGACCUGUGUCUGUGGCCAUUGAUGCUACUCAUAUGUCCUUCCAGCUGUACGAAUCAGGAGUGUAUGAUGAGCCAGCGUGCAGCAGCACACUGUUGGACCACGGUGUUCUGGCUGUGGGUUAUGGGACUGACAACGGACGUGACUACUGGCUGGUCAAGAACAGCUGGGGCCUCGUAUGGGGAGACAAGGGCUACAUCAUGAUGACCAGGAACAAACGCAACCAGUGUGGCAUUGCUACUGCAUCCAGCUACCCUCUGGUCUGAGCAGGUCCAGGAUAUUCCUCAGUACGGAGAAAAGUGACCAAUAAUUUACUUAAUUAAAUGAAGAAACCAAGUUAUGGAGCUUUUGUGGUUCCAUGGAUAUGUGUAGGAUCCUUCUGUACUAAAGGAUUUAGGUUGGAUUAAGAUUGUAAACAAAAUGUAAAGACAAAUAAAAAUAACUUAAUAAACAUG